CCAAAACAUAUUAUGUCAGAGAAAAAACACUUGACUGUUGGACAGAUACAGAUACUCUCUUAUCCUCACACUGACUAAUGGUUUAUUGCCCCUCUUGCUACAAAGAGCACAACUGUUUUCAUGCUCAUAACCUGGCAACUGGGGAUUGAGAAGAUGCAGGCAUAGCAGCAAACUGCACCUAAAAGGCAUCUGCAUCCAUCUCAAUAAAUAUUCCUGCCACUAUCAGUAAAGAAGUUGAAGUUCUUCUGUGUCCUCAGUUCAUCGUGUCAGUGCUCAUCUAAAGGAAUAUUCCAAGGGCAUUCCAGGUAAAGAUCACCCCAAAGAGUUCAUCAUUACACGGCAAGUCAGGAGAGCUCAGGCACUGUGGGUGUUUCUGGGUGGGGGCAUGAGCCCAGAUUCCUCAGUCAAGGCUUGUGGAAAGUGAAACCCAUUUGAUAAUAAUCUGGGAGACAGAUAGAGAGCAAUAUAAACAAAACAUGUUUGUACAUUGUAAUAUAGAAAACACAUGCAAAGGACACCUUCUUGCAAAGAUAUGCAAAUGACACACCUCCUCUAGCUACCUGUGGUACCACUGGGAACUGAGCUCUCAGCUUCUGGAGACAUUUGCAGUCCAAGACACAGAGUGCCUACUCUUGCCCACACCACAUCAUUUAUAAAUCCCAGUGUCCUGCCUGCCCCAGAGAACUCACAACAGACCUGGCCCACCUCCAGAAAGCAGCAGGGCAGAGCUGGCACUGGCACAACAAACACUACACCCAGCACAGACAGGGGCUUGGGUCUGAAGGGAGGGGCAGCAGGAUCCACAAUUCCAGCUUGGGCAAAGAGGAAGAGAGGGUCUCUCUGAAGUACCUGGCAGCAAAGCCCUGGGCUUCUGCUCUCACUCACACUUCUGCAGCACCAGCCAGCAUCCAGACAAGGUGCACAGGAUGAACCUGACAGUGUGACUUGGCACAAAACGUGCAAUGAAAGGGAGAGAAGAGAAGAGAUUCACAGCACUAUAUUCCUUCCACUCUUGCCAGUGGUGCACUUUCCCUGCUGCAGAAACAGGGCUAGCCAUGAACUAGAACUGAUUCUCCAUGAACCAGAGCACAUGGCUCUGCCCAACUGAAGGAAGCAGUGGGCACACACUGGGGACUGCCCUUUCAGGGAGGUGAAGGAAGGUGGAUCUAGCUGUUCCUCAGAAUCUGGUUGUGUGGACACAGGUCUGAAAUUAAGUUUACUCAUCCUGGAAGCAGCCACCAAGGGCUGCCCCAGGACAUCAAGUUCAAACUUUUCCAGAACAUCUCCCAUGCUGUACAAGAAGAACCAGCCACAGACGCACCCUGCAAGAGGUUACAGGGAAACAUUCAGAUCAGUGACCAACAGUUCUUGGGAAAGAACUCUACGUGCAGUGUCUUCAAUACUGAACACCUAAAUCAGCCUGAUGUUCAGCCUAGCUUCACCUCUGACAUAGCUGAGUUUUACAAAGGAUUGCCAGUUUUUCUAAUGGAAAACAAUUUCCAAUUACUCAUCUGAUAGACUCUCCAUUUACCAAAGUUCCCUGCAACCAAACUUUAUCUUCUUAUUGCCAUCUAUCAGAAAUGCAGUUCUGGAAUGCACAGGAUCUGGACAACAGGAACACCCAUUCUUUACAUUUUUUCCCUUGGAAAACCCUUAGGUACCCAGACAAAAUCCUUGCAGCACUGAAAGUGCCCCUUCCAUGUCUGCUUCAGGAUAGGAUUAACUCAACAGCUCCAGUGGAAACCCUCCAUGGAAUAGACUGGAGCCUCUAUUCCAUAACUCUCUCAGCCAAAUCCAAGAUAACAAGGUAAGUGUUUGAACAUACUGGAUUUUUGUUGCUUCCCAAAUCAGUCCCUCCUGUUCUUAAACCCAGGACCAAGACCUGUCUUACUCCACAGCCACCAGCACCAAGAGUGGUACUUCAAGGCUGUGAUGCCAAGCAGCCAGAACAGCCUGUCACACAAUGAGAGGAAGGAAGAAGGAUAACAUUACUGUGUUUGUGGGUGCAGAAUGAGCUAAAUACAAGUAUCUUAGACCAUGUCUAGGCUUCCAUGACCAGGUUUGGGGUCCAGGAAAGGCAUCAAUAUGAUCAACACCUGCCAAGCAAGUUCAGAAAACAACGAGAAGGUCACCGAGUGAGUAACUGCAGCGUUGACUGAACACUUCCAGCAGAUAUCUAGGCUAGCCCAGAGCACUGCCCUACCUCCUCAGAAACCCAGGCUACCUCCUCUGCUUUGAAGGAAGGAGGCCCUCCUGUCCAGCAUUCUCUUCCCAGGUACGACAGCCCCACACUGACAACCACACCUUCAGAUUAAUUUUGGUCCUUUUCCUCCUUACCCACAGCUUCCUCCGCAACAGUGCUAACAUUGUUUCCCCUCAGUUAGCCCUUCCCAAAGUUCAGGAGAGUCCAGGUGAGGUGUGCAUUCCCUCCGGUGCCCAAGCAGAUAAGGACUGACUCAAUGACGGCCGGGCUGACACCGGGACCGUGGGGGAUGUGGAAGGGACACAUCCCAGGUGCGCACGGCCCGUGCUGCAGCCCUGCACCCCUGCCCGACCCGCGGCCACCCCCGCACGGCACCUCCCGCUGCCGCUGCCGCUCGCUCCCGGCACAGCGGGGCGGCGGCGGCCGGACCCCGCAGCGCGGAGCGGGACGCGGCCACGCCGCGGGCCCGGCGCGGCGCAGGCUCCUCCCUUCGCCCGCACCGCCACACGGCCCGGCUGCGGCGGCGCACGGCGCUCCGUCCCGCCGCCACCUGCCCGCCCGGGGCCGCUCCCGCGCACGGCGCCCGCGGCUCCGCGUUCCGGCGAGGCGAGGCGAGACGGGAGGAGGAGGAAGAGAAAGAGAAGCAGGAGGAGGCCCAGGCCGCCCCGGCGCUCCUGCCUCCCCCCGCCCCGCGCUUUGUCCACGGCAGCCGCCGCGCCGCCGCUCGCACGGAUGCGAGAGCCGAGCUUCUUCAUCCUUUCUAGGCCCUGACACAAUUUUGAGGAAGUGUGGGUUUCUGCAAAUACCAGAUGUCUCCUCUUAAAAAUACCUGCACAUGACCACAAUCAACAUAUCUAUAUUCCAGUUUCCUUGGGCUAUUAAACCCUGAGACGUCUGGUGGCAAAUACUGAGCUCAGGAUUGAUACUGCCCUUCUCAGUGAGAUGGAGACUUUGGAGGACAAGAGCAAUCUCCUUGCUUUGCAGGCAGACAGCAUGGAGCAACCCUUCACUGUCAGCUCAUUGAAAAAGCUGGUGGCUAUUCCUGACCACACAGACAUCUCAGUGACCCCAGAGGAGAGGGUGCGUGCCUUAAGCAAGCUCGGCAGCAACAUCACCAUCAAUGAGGACAUCACUCCGCGGCGCUACUUCCGCUCGGGCGUGGAGAUGGAGCGCAUGGCGGCGGUGUACAUGGAGGAGGGCAACCUGGAGAACGCCUUCGUCUUUUAUAACAAGUUCAUCACGUUGUUUGUAGAAAAGCUGCCCAGUCACCGAGACUAUCACCAGUGUGCAGUACCAGAAAAACAAGAUAUUAUUAAGAAAUUGAAGGAGGUUGCAUUUCCACGGACAGAUGAACUGAAAAGAGAUCUUUUAAAAAAAUAUAACUUAGAAUAUCAAGAAUACAUGCAACACAAAAAUAAAUGUAAAACCGAAUUUCUGAAGAAAUUAGAGCACCAAAAGCUGAUAGAGGCAGAGAAGAAACGGAUCGCACACAUGCGGCAGCAGCAGCUCGAGUCAGAACAGUUCCAAUUCUUUGAGGAUCAACUUAAGAAGCAGGAACUGGCUCGAGAUCAGAAAAUCAAAGAGAGUAUGGUUAUGUCUGAACAGAUAGAUGGAAGUAUGCUGUCUUGUAUUUCUGUACCAGAGAACAGUUCCUUAUCUGCGGCGCUGCUGGAGAAAAAAGAGCGGAGCGGCACCUCUGGCUGUGCUGGACAUUCGCCGCCAGUAGAACGGGUCUUAAAGCCUGCAGCUACUCUAAGUGCUGUGCAGACUCAAUUGGCCGAAGCACUCAGAGGUGUCAUUUUGCCCAGGGAUCUCUGUCACAAAUUUCUGCUGCUGGCAGAGGCAAAUACAGUAAGAGGAAUAGAGACAUGUGGAAUUCUCUGUGGAAAACUGACUCACAAUGAAUUUACUAUUACACACGUAAUAGUGCCAAAGCAAACUGCGGGACCAGACUACUGUGACAUGGAGAAUGUGGAAGAGUUAUUUGGUAUUCAGGAUCAGUACGAUCUCCUCACUUUGGGUUGGAUCCAUACACAUCCAACACAAACUGCAUUCUUAUCCAGUGUUGAUCUUCAUACUCAUUGUUCUUAUCAGCUAAUGUUGCCAGAGGCCAUUGCAAUUGUUUGUUCACCAAAGCAUAAUGACACUGGCAUCUUCAGACUUACUAAUGCUGGCAUGCUAGAAGUUUCUGCUUGUAGAAAGAAGGGAUUCCAUCCACAUACAAAGGACCCUAGGUUAUUUAAUCCGUGUACCCACGUGGUUGGGAAGGACAUAAAGAUAAUUGUGCUGGAUCUGAGGUGAUACGGAUGAGCCACGUCAAUGUUACUCUACAAAAGGCCAAAACACAAAAAUGGAUUCCUGUUUUUUCCUACAUUUUCAGAAAUUACUUUUAUAUUUAUACAUUUUAGAUUGAAUGGUUUGAUAUUUAUUGCUCUAGCCUGUUUUGGAGUUAUUUUGUUGCUCUGUCAAGAUGGAGUUCAGUGGCAUUAACCCUGAAUCUGUAAACAAAUCUCACCCAUAAAACACAACAAUAAAAUGAACUUCAAACUACA